AUGGGUCUCUUCAAGGCGCUUCCGCGGCAUCUCGCUCUGAGCAGGCUCAAGUCCAACUUAUUCCUUCUCCUGCUCUCUCUGAUCUUUCGGACGGUCUUCACGCCGUAUCUAGCACUCAGGAGAGCGACACUAUGGCUGUUGAGUGAACCAAUGGGCUCAAAGAGAGCUAGUUACACGUUAUGGCUUUUGGAGACUGCUCUGACCGCAAUCUUUGUGUGGAACUCGGCAGAAGCUGCAUAUUGUCUACACUUUCCAGCUCCAGUCCCCAAGACACCUAGUGUGCCAGCUGGGAAGACCUUUACACCCAUAGCGCGAUCAUCGCCGCUGACUCGCGCAUACGCCUCAUCCCCGAGCAAAGCUGGACCCAGCACUCCUUCCCACCAAUUAACAACAACACCAUCUCGACUCAAUAGCACGCCCUCUCAGCCGUCGCCUCUGUCCCUUCCCUUUGGCACUCCCAGAACAGGCACACCGUCGCGUACAGGGCUAUUCUACGAAACAGAUGCCAGAGCUUCCCCGUCAAAAAUUGCGCAGUCUGGAAGCGCCGAUCGAGCCCAGGAUCAGCCGUCACAGAAUGUAGUCUCUGUACCUAGCUCAACAGGAGGAGGCGACUUUGUCAUGGUUGAAAGAGAAGAAAAGGAGUGGGUGGAUAAUGUGUGGAAAGGCGUCAGAGGAAAAGGGGGAGGAAAGAAGGGUCCAUGA